CCGAGGCCACUGGUAUCUCACAGAACCCUAGAAAUUUCUCAGAUGAUUGAGACUUUUUCUAAGAUAUGGACUUCGAAACCCUAACGAUCGGUGCUUCGGAGCAGCUCUUCAUGUACAACCGCAGAAAAAGAAGAAAUCUGCUUUCUGCUACUCUCGGAAAGUUGAUUGCUUUUUCGUUUCCGUUUCUGGGGCCUGUUUCGUGUGGUUAAGCUGGUUAGUAUACUUGGUUUAAGUGAUUAUAGUUCUCUUUCUGGAGAAUCGAUUACUUACGAAGGGCCUCUGGAGCUAUCGGUGUUAGGUUUUUGCGAUUAGUGAGUGGAUGAGAAUCACUUCCAAAACUGUGGGAAGAAAGGGUUAAGGACCAAUUUACAGGGGAUUGUUUCACCCAGUCAGAGCUUUCCAAUUUAUAGUGGUUCUUUCAUGUAACCUUUUUUUCCAAGCUACAUGUGAACCAAGCUCCAUGAAUGGGAUGCCGAAGUCGGUGGAACAUGAUGCGUGUAAGUCCUACAGAGAUCGAUACGAUGUGGGGUUUGUGGAUAUUGAUGUUGGUGAUAUCAGCUCAGGAUAUGGAAGUCCGAUGACCCACUUAAGUCCUGGGACUGUUUGCACUGACUCUCAUUCAUUCUGCUUCCCUUCAACAUUACCUGGGUUUUCUUCUAAAGAGCAUGGACACAAAGCAGCUGCUUUAGAAGUUUCUGGGGGGCAGCCUGAUGGUCCUUUACCUGAAGAAUCUACUAAGGACAAUGGGUGGGCGAGUAACAAAAGCUGGUCAUCUGACUUUGGUAUGUUUAAGUUGUUGAAAGGAGGGAUUGUUUCUUGUUCUUUAAACUCCAGAGAGUAUAUUAAUGAGUUAUCAGACAUUCAAGCUGACAAUCCUAAUCAAAAUUAUCUUUCUUCCUCUAGAAGAUCUGUACUUAAUCAGAAUUGCAGAAGUUUUAGACCAGAAAAGAACUCUGAGAGGACCAAAGCCGGUUCUUUUGAUGGUUCUUCCUCUCCCAAUGUAGAAAUUAACCCUACUGUACUGGAUUGGGGACAAAAGCAUUUAUAUCUUCCUUCAUUAGCUUUCUUGACUGUGGCAAAUACAUGCAAUGACAGCAUUUUACAUGUCUAUGAACCGUUCAGUACUGACCUUCAAUUCUAUCCAUGCAAUUUUAGUGAGGCUUCUCUAGGACCUGGUGAAGUAGCUUCGAUCUGUUUUAUGUACUUACCUAGAUGGUUGGGCUUGUCCACUGCUCAUUUGAUUUUGCAGACAAGCUACGGUGGUUUCCUAAUCCAGGCGAAGGGCUUUGCCAUUGAGUCGCCUUAUGGAAUUCAGCCUGUAUUAGAUCUGGAUGUUUCGUCCAGUGGAAGGUGGGCUAAGAAUUUGUCUUUGUUCAAUCCCUUCGAUGAAACCCUUCGUGUGGAGGAAGUGACUGCAUGGAUGUCACUUUCUCUAGGGCAUACUUCUCUUUACACUGAAGUGAUUUGUAGUAUAGACAAUAUUCAGGGCUCUAAUGACCUUGGUUUGCCAAGUGUUAAGGAUCAGUUGGUUGUGAAAAGUGGUCAAAUUGGUUCGCCAUUUUUGGCAGUAAGGCCUCGUGGAAACUGGGAGAUUGGUCCUCAUAGCUUUGAGACAGUCCUAGAGAUGGACCUCUCAAUUGAGUCUCAGGGCAAAAUCUUUGGUGCAUUUUGUAUGCAGUUGCAAAGGUCUUCAAAAGACAAGUCUGAUACGGUUGUGGUUCCUCUUGAAGCUGAACUAGAUGGGAAAGUUGCCCAUGAUGAUUUUUCAGGAUCUGUUUCAACAUUUCUUGAACCUCUAGUGGGAUGUGAUACCAGUGGAAGUAUUGCUGUUGCUAUCUCUAUCAAAAAUGGUGCUUCUCACUUGUUGAAUGUUGUUAAGAUUGGUGAAGUUUCAGGCACUAAAAAUUUUCAUAUCAAAUAUGUGGAAGGCUUACUACUUUUUCCUGGCACUAUCACACAAGUUGCUUUGGUUACUUGUACUCUCUUGUGUCUUGAAUCACGCGAUUCUCCACCCGAAGUAUCCGGUAUAUAUAGAAGCUGUAAGUUAUUCAUACUGACAAAUGACUCGAGUACUCCUCAGAUUGAAAUUCCUUGCAAGGAAAUAACCCGAUUCUGUGCAAGACAUCAGAAGGAUUCUUCUCUUGGAAAUGAAUAUCAGUCUGAAAAAAUUGAAUCUGGCAAGACGAGGGCAGGGCCCUUGGGCAGUGGCAUCCAUUCACCGUCACAGGCCAAGGCUCUGGACGCAGCGGAGGCAGAUGAAUUGGUACUAGAAAACUGGAAAUCUCAAGGUACCGUAAGUGGCAUGUCUGUGCUUGAUGAUCAGGAGGUAUUCUUCCCAAUGGUUGAGGUUGGAAGUCAUCGCUCCAAGUGGAUCACUGUAAAGAAUCCAAUCCAGCAGCCAGUUGUAAUGCAGCUUAUCCUAAACUCUGGAGAGAUUAUUGAUGAAUGCAGGGGCCCUGAUGGUUUCACACAACCACCAUCCAGUAAUUUGGUUCUUGAUGAAUCUAUCCCUCCAGCAAAAUAUGGGUUUUCUAUAGCAGAGAAUGCAGUAACAGAGGCUUAUGUUCAUCCUUAUGGUAAAGCAUCUUUUGGGCCAAUUUCCUUCCAACCUUUGAACCGAUGUGGGUGGAGAAGUUCGGCCCUGGUAAGGAACAAUCUUUCUGGUGUGGAGUGGCUAUCUUUGAGGGGAUUUGGAGGGUCACUUUCGCUAGUCCUACUGGAGGGGUCUGAGCCGGUACAGAGUGUAGAGUUUAACCUCAACUUGCCAAUUCCUCUGAAUAUUUCUCCCCCUGAUACUUUGGUGCACAUGGAAGAGAUGAUUUACGCCUGUUCACAGCCAUUGUCAAAAGAGAUUUCUGCCAAGAACACAGGAGACUUGCCAUUGGAGGUAAGAAAAAUUGAAGUUUCUGGAACAGAGUGCGGGAAGGAUGGAUUUAUGGUGCAUAGUUGUAAAGGUUUUGCUCUUGAACCUGGGGAAUCAACAAAGUUUCUGAUAUCGUACCAGUAUGAUUUUUCCGCAGCCAUGGUACGUAGAGAUCUUGAAUUGGCCUUGGAUACUGGUAUUCUUGUGAUUCCCAUGAAGGCGAGUCUGCCCCUGUACAUGCGCAAUAUCUGUAAGAAAUCAGUGUUCUGGAUGCGAGUGAAGAAAUCCUCUGUAGCAGUCCUCCUUGUUGUUUCCUUAAUGUUACUGGUAUUCUGUUGCCUAUUUUCCCAUGUCAUAGCAUUGGGUUCUCUGGAUGACUUGUGUAAGAGUGAGCGGAGUUCGAUUGCUACCACUUUAAGGGGGGCUGGGAAAUCUGCUCGUACGCAUCAUAAACAGAGUAAUGGUAAGUUGUCUGUGUCUGGUGAGGUGGAUAGUCUAUUAAGGUCUAUUGGGGGUGACAAAGCCUCAGUUCAUCCUUCGGGUAGUAGAUAUCCUGAUGAUCAGGGUGGGGCCCCAGAACAGGGAAUGACUGUUCAACAUGUGAGCCCAGUGAUGGAAAAUCUUAAACCAAUUAGCGAUUCAUUAGAUGAUCAAAAGGAAAGAGCAUUUCCAUCCUCUUUGCUGUCAAAAUCUGUAGAAGUUGACACUUCUGAUACAACAGAAGCAUCCCAACCAGGUAACCUUACAGUGAAAACUGGGAAAGAGAAGGGAAGGAGGCGAAAGAAGAGAAAAGGUGCUGGUUCCAAAUUUACAGGACUUUUUGAAGUUUCUAGUAGUCAAAGUGGAAAUUCUACACCAUCAUCUCCCUUGUCCCCAGUCAUAUCUGUAACACCUAAACGUACACGGCCACUGUCUCCUGAUAUGGAACAAACUAUUGAGGCUAGGUAUCCAUUUACUCAAGUAGCAGGCCGACUCUGUGAGGUGAACAUAUUGGAGCCCAGGGUUUCUGUAAAGCAUUGCAAUAACAACUUGCUCUUUUCUACUCAAGACCAGCCUUCGGCAUCAAGAAAAGCUACUAUUAAGCCUGUUCUGUUGCCUUCUGCUACGUUCCCUUGUCCUGGCAGGCCUGCCCCAGAUGUGUUAUGUCCUUCCCGUUUUCUGGCAUCAAAUUCCGCAAUUGCUCCACAUGCUCGAGCUCCUGGGUCAAAACUCUACAACCAGAAAGAAGAAAAGGCAGGACUUGGGGAUGAAUAUGCAUAUGAUAUCUGGGGUGACCAUUUUUCUGGACUUCAUUUAAUGUCAAAGGAUGUCACUUCCAUGAUCUCCAGUCCUACAAAAGAUUAUUCUGAGAGCUUCUUUGUAAGGGGUCCACAAACCUUCCUGACAAAGUCUGGAUUAAAAUCUGUAAGUUUUGAAAAAGAAGGUUAACGAUUAAUUAAAAAAUAAUCCUUAAAUUUAGUUGCA